AUGAUACCAUCACCAUCUAAACGGCGCAAGUCCAAUUCUUCCAUCCCGAUACCUGUAGGCGUGUCAAACACUACAAGGAAAGAUGGCCGUGGACGCACUAGCCCUUCGCGAUCACCGAGCCGGCGGUCAUUCCAAGCGCCGACUCGAUCGAGCCUUGCCCGAUACCAUCCAGAUGUUUUAUCAAGGGUCAUAGAACGGUCAACCUCUGAGAAAACGCGACGACCUUCCGAACAAGAUUUCAGCUCUUUUGGAGAACACGGACAUAGUUCACCUCAGAUAUCUGGCAGGAUACCUUUACGACCAUCGUUGACCGCUGCGGCUCGAACAGAAACAGAAGCAGAAGACGGAUUACCCCAGCUUAAUAGCACAAUUUCCAGGCCUAGUUCUAGACGGCGAUCGUUCGGAGAGCAGCUCUUUUCUGGGGAGAUAACUAGGAAAGAUGAACCUACUACACAGGGAGAGCGAAGGGUGUCACCAAAUUCAUCAACUGGUAGCAGCCAUCAACAAGGGCACUCUCUUUCUCCUCCAGCAGUAGGCCCAGAACAACCUCCCAGAGGAACCAUUGCACAAUUUAGUGGUAGCCCGAGUCAACCUAUGGCCAUGAAAAAGAAACAGCAACUAAAAAAGGCGGGGUUCCAUCUGAAUUUUAAGACUAAGAAUCCAAAGUCUGCUGCAGAGGGCCGUGGUAUUGAUGAAUCACCAGCAGAUAUCGAAAUUGAGUCCAAGGACGAGUCACCAAAGGAACUAAAGGAAAAGAAGAAACUUCGAGAGUCACUAAAGGCACAGUUAGAAAGAUUAAAGGGAGAAGUGGCUCUCUUGGAAAGAGAAGCAGGUCGGUUGGAGUCCGCGGAGUAUGAGCUAGCUGAUGAGAGCUCUCUUAGGCUAUUGGUUGGGCUCCUCCUAUCUAAUAACCCAUCUUGUGCUCCUCCUCCCCCUCCGCCCCCGGCACCUCCACCGUUGUCUUCCAUGCUUUCAUAUCUGCUUCCAUUCACGGCUCCGCAGUAUAUCCCGCCGCCAGACCCAGAAUCACCCCCAUCACCCCUUCCCCAGAACCCAUACGCCAUGAAACUACCUGAAAAUUCAGUCCCGUAUCUUACCAUCUUCGCACCUCUCACACUUAGCACAGAGACGGUGACGUCUACUGUAAGGAGCCCAUCACGAGUCUUAGGAACCCCUCCAGAUAUAGUUCAGACACAUCGCUUCGUUCUCCGGCCCCCAUCCAAUUUCCCAACUACACUUUACCGUAUCCCUCUUAUCCUUAAUACCGACCCUGAAAAACAAUCUGUUCUAUCUAUUACGGUCCCAACUACCGAUUCCAACAUUCCUGGGCCACUGGAAGGCUGGGUUACGUCUCGGUUAUCCAACCCCCUAUUGGACCAUGAUAUAUCCGGCCUAUGUUGGGGUAUAUGCCGAUACUGGGAGGCCGCAGUAUCACGCUCAAAGUUCUGGAUAGAAUUGCAGACACUAUCCGAGAAGCUAGAAGAAGACCCACGAUAUCUCGACCAGGCGAAGAAGCACCACAGAAAGCGGGCGGAAUCCAGAAGCGUUACGCCUACGUCAGAUGAACGUCAAUACACCAUUAGAGCUCUUGUGCAACAUUUUGACCGAACGAGUUAUCGGUUUUCCACGUUGGCCGGGUCUAACAAGCUCGAAUUACUUGUAUCCUGCCGCUUGUCGCUUGAUCUUUGGACUAGUGAGCCUCAAUUGGAGCCAGAUAUUUGCAUUUCCGGCUCCUCGUUAAAGAGCUCUGCAGCUAAUAAAAUAGAGAAAGAAGCCAAACGUGCAUUUCAGGGAAUGCUUAAGCGCGGGAAGAGUAACGAUGUCGAUGCUGAUAUCGGUUCGUUGGUCAAGGCUGUUGAAGCCGUAAUUGUUAUUCUCUUUGGGCUUGUUUGA